AUGUGUUUCUACGCUUGCUGCAUCAUCUCGGUCGCGUUAACGUUUUCCGCGGCAGCCGGUUAUUUAGUGCCAAACUGCCAGUACCCGAGGCAUUUCACCGACCACGAUUACACCUGUUUUGGCUUCAACAACGUCAGCGAACUGGAAGAAGAAAUUCAACUUCUUCGCGCUGGGGCUCCGAUCAGACUAACUCUUAAGGAUAGUCGCCUGGAGCACCUGCCGUCGAGUGCCUUCGCUCACCUCACCGUUUCGGUGCUGGAGCUCAGUAACAUCACCAUCGACUCUUUCACGCUCUCGGAGCAGCACCCCUUCGAAGGAUUCGAGGAUUCACUCACUGAAAUCACUUUCAGUGACGACACCACCCUCCCGGAGUCCUGGGGAAUUCUGAAGACACUGCGGAAGCUGCGCCUACUUUCGCUGUCGGACAUGACUCGGCUGAACCUCACCCGAGACUUCCACGAGCUGCCGUCCAGUCUGAGGGUGAUCGGCAUCACUUCGUCUACUCUGGGCUACGUGGACGAACACUGGCUGUCGCCUCUGGAGAACCUCGAAGUCAUCGCUGUGCGGGACACCAACCUCGACCACAUUUCGAGGUCCAUGUUUCCGAGCCCGGCGCCGAACCUGUGGCGCCUAAUGUUUCACAACAACACCCUUAAGUACAUCCCGAAGGACCUGUGUGAGGACAUGCCCAAACUGAUCGCCGUAGACCUCGGCGACAACAAGAUUCAAACCCUCGCCGAAGAGAGCGUUUCACCAAUAUUUAAGCAGCCCCUUCAUGACCUUAUCAUUGCGGGAAACCCAUUACACUGCGACUGCAAGCUACGUUUUCUACGGCCUCACGUCAAAGGAUGGCGUAUGAACCGAUGCGCCACUCCCCCCUCCUUGAAGGGACAUCACCUCAAGUGGCUUACAGACGCCGAACUCAAAUGCUGA